AUGGAGAUGGAAACCGGAAAGAAGAUGCGGCAGAAGAUUGUGUCCUUGAUGGACUUGACAGCUUUGGACCGGGAGAAGGACACUGUGAGCUCUGUGGGGGAGCUGGUACUUCAAGGUUCUGGCAGUAACGCCCUCCAAACUGCAGUGCCGGCGGUUUGCGUUUUUCCGGAGUUCAUUCAAGCAGCAAAAGCGAAGAUCUGCAAUGAUCUUGGGCAGCCGGACGCAAUGCGGGUGGCCACAGUGGUAAACUUUCCCAGUGGCGACAGCAGCGUGACAGAUGUGGCCAGCGAGGUCAGACAUGCUCUUGAGCUCGGAGCCGACGAGAUUGACCUUGUAAUUUGCUACAAGGAGUACCUUAACACCGGCGGCUCUCCGAAGUCUUGCGACUUGGUGCGGGUGGCAAAGGGGCUGCUGGAGCAGUACUGCGCGGAGACUGGGCGCAGCACGUUGCUCAAGGUCAUCCUUGAGACCGGCGAGUUGUGCAACCCAGACCUUAUUGCAAAGGCAUCGCUGGAUGCCUUCAGCAACGGCGCAGACUUUAUCAAGACUUCCACGGGCAAGACCAAAGUUGGGGCAACGCUGGAGGCAGUGCAGACUAUGCUGCAGGUCAUCCUGGAUCUGCGAAGCCGUGAUGGAGAUAAAGUCGUGCAGCGUGGCCUAAAGGUCUCUGGUGGGGUGCGCACGUAUGAUGAUGCCAUGUCCUACAUCAAGCUGGUCGAGCAGAUGCUGCCAUCAGGGGAGUUUCUCCAUCCUCGCACCUUUCGCUUUGGGGUUAGCGGGCUAUUGGCAAACCUGUUGAAAGAUGAAUCAGCUGGAAACUCUGGAAGCAUAGCGACUGGAGCUGCUUCGGAGGCUCCCGGCAGCACCUACUGA